AUGGGGAUAAAGCACCUUCUGCUUCUUUUGAUUUACUUAGACCCGCUGAAUGUCCUGUGCGCCGCCACCACCAACAAAAAGAGCAAAACCCCGCCGAGGAGGAACUCAAAGGUGAAGGAGGUCAACGGCAGCACCACUGUGGUCCCGGCGGCCAUCCCGGGGAGGAUCACCCAAGUCCAAGCUCCCUCGAUCGGCGUCGUCCAGCACGACACCUGCCUGGGCUACUACGACGUGAGCGGGCAGUUCGACAAAGAGUUCUCCUGCAACAACACCGCGCACCGAUUCUGCUGUGGCAGCUGCCUCCUCCGUUUCUGCUGUGAGGACCGGGGGUCGCGGUUGGAGCAGAAGAGCUGUACCAACUACAACACACCGGACUGGAUCAAAACCCAGCCCCCUUCACCGGCGCCAACAGGUGAUAUUUACGACCCGGAGCUGGACCGGACCAACACCACGGUGUACAUCACCUGCGGGGUCAUAACGCUCAUCAUUGCCAUUGGGAUUUCUGCUAAAGUUGCCUAUGAUAAAGCCACCAAGCCCCCUCAGGAAAUGAAUGUGCACAGAGCCCUGGCAGAUAUUCUGAAGCAACAAGGACCGGUUCCUAUAUCUCAGUACGAUCAUGAAAACAGCGUAGUGAUCGACGGGUCACCCAAAGAAGAGACGCCGCUCAGAACUUCGAAGAAUCACUACACACCUGUUCACGCCAAGCCAUCAAACCACGGUCACUAUGGGAAAGAAAACAUGCGCAGUGGAGGCCAAGACAUGCACAACUUCAUCUCCUCUGGCUUUGUGACAAUUGGACGUGGACACUUGAAAGCGCAGCACUCCAUAGACGAAUCCUGGCAGGGCGAUCUGGACAUCCCCGUCUCUUACGGAAACCACCACCAUGACUAUCAGCACAGCCACCUGGACCUGACUGCACUCACACCUAAAAUGGCCCACAGACAAAUGAGAUACGAGCGACCCCAGCGGAUGAACAACAUCCUGACCUCGGCCACGGAGCCCUACGACUUGUCGCUCUCCAGAUCUUUCCAGAACCUCAGCCAUCUGCCGCCCCCCUACGAGCUGGCCCUCAAGUCUGACUUAAGUAAAUACUCCUCCUCUCUGCACAGAUUAAGUGAUAAGGACAUGGAUGAAUACUACACAAGAAAGCAUCACCAUCAUGACUUUGGCGGCCGGGGACCGACACACAUGGUGAAGCUGAAUGCAGAGCCUCCGCAACACCAGCAACACCAGCAGCGUCAGCGUCCCCAUCGCGUCCAGAGGGCCAUGUCCCAAGAUCAUGUCCUGUCUCCUCCCAGGACGCCUCGUCGCGGAGACUACGGCCUGUCUUCGUACGGCGUCAUGGCAGCUGCUGCAUACGGGAGCAGCCGCCACCUGUCAGAGGAGCAGCUACUGUCAGCGGACCGCCUCCACUCCCAGGAUCCUUUGCUGUCCCCGGCCAUGCGGCGUGACAAGUUCCGGGAGAAGGCGAUGGCACGGGCGAUGUCUCACGCCGACAUGCUGAUGCCCACAACGCCUGUCGUGGAUCGCCACAAGAUGACGAAGAUGCACUCUCAACCCAGUGCCUCUAACGACUCCUACAACACGCUGACGGUCAACCACGCGUCCACGUCUAAGAGGCAGGCGUUUGCCUCCCGACGAACACACACGGUGGACCACCUACAGUACAUUCCCGGCCACCACCACACAUACCGCACUGCCAGUAAGAACGAGGUAACUGUUUAA